AUGGGUUUGAUUUCACUUUUGAACAUCAACAUCUCUCAGGCUGUGAUGGCUUCCUUCAGCAACUUGCUGAUGAAUCAAAGCUGUUUUGUUGCUUGUUCAAAAAAUGGGCUCAGAAAAUCCAUUCUUCACGACCUACAUGAACGGCAAGGCCAGAGCCCUUAUUAUGAUAAAAUCUGCCGCCCUGCCACUGAACUUCUUCCCUUGUUAGCAUCUGGAAUUAAAGGUGUUACUUCCAAUCCUAAGAUAUUUGAGCGAUCCAUACUGUCAUCCAAAGCUUACGAUGAGCAGUUCAGAGAACUAGCAAAAGAAGGAAAAGACGUUGAAAGCGCAUACUGGGAACUUGUAACAAAAGACAUAAGGGAUACGAGUGUGAUCUUAGAACCAAUCUACAAGGAAACAGCUGGUUUAGAUGGCUAUGUCUCCGUUCAAGUUUCACCUUGGCUGGCUGAUAACACAGAGGAGACAGUUGAGGCAGCUAAAUGGCUUCAUAAAAAGCUUGGUCGUCCAAAUGUGUAUAUAAAAAUCCCCGCAACAGCUGAAUCCAUACCUGCAAUAAAGCAGGUCAUUUCCCAAGGAAUAAGCGUAAAUGCAACUCUGAUAUUUUGUAUAUCCACGUACGAAAAGGUAAUCGAAGCUUACUUAAAUGGCUUGGAAUCCUCUGGGUUAAGUGAUCUCUCAGCCAUUUCUAGCGCUGCUGCUUUCUACAUAAGCAGGGUGGACGCUGUUGUUGAUGCAGAGCUUGAAAAAAUAGCAACCCAUCAAGCCCUUGAGCUCAGAGGAAAGGCAGCAAGAGCUCAAGCAGCUAUUGCAUAUAAGAUAUUCAGGGAGAAGUUCUCGGGCCCAAGAUGGGAGGCAUUGGCAAAGAGAGGAGCCAAGAAGCAGAGAUUGAUGUGGGCAUCAACUAAUGUAAAAAAUCCAGCCUACCCAGAUACUUAUUAUGUUGAUCUUCUCAUUGGACCAGAAACGAUAUCAACCAUACCAGAAGAAGCUCUAGGGGCAUUCAUGGACCAUGGCAUUGUUUCAAGAACUUUGGAUUCAAAUAUGGAGGAGGCUGAGAGUGUUUAUAAGGGAAUUGAGAAAUUGGGUAUCGAUUGGAAGGGCAUUGGAUGGCAGCUUGAGGACCAAGUGUUGGACUUGUUCAAGAAAAGUUAUGAUACUGUUCUAUACAGCCUGCAGCACAAGGCACUCAUUUAUUAG